AGCGGUGUCACCUGCACGGACGGGGACCCCCGCAGGGUGACGUCACCGGCGUCACCGCUGGGGACCCUCCCAUGGCUGGGGACCCCGCAAGGACAGUGCCACCUGCACCAGUGGUGUCACCUGCAUGGCCAAUGUCACCUGCAUCGGGGACAUCCCCCACGCCACGCCCCCACUGGGGACACCCACAGCGCCCACCCCCACACUGGCACGGCCACCACGGGCUGGGGACACUGUCCCAGAGCUGUCACCGGGCUGGGGACACUCACAGAACUGCCACCAGGCUGAGGACACUGUCCCAGAACUGUCACUGGGCUCAAGCCAUUGUCACAAAACUGUCACCACGCUGGGGACACUCACAGAACUGUCACCAACGCUGUCCCAGGAACUGUCACCGGGCUCAGGACAUUGUCCCAGGACUGCCACCAGGCUGGGGACAUGCACAGAACUGUCACCAACACUGUCCCAGAACUGUCACCGUCACCACGCUGGGGACACUGUCCCAGGACUGUCACUAUGGUGGGGACACUAUCCCAGAGCUGUCACCGGGCUCAGGACAUUGUCCCAGAACUGUCACCAGGCUGGGGACACUGUUCCAGAACUGUCACCGCUCUGGGGAACCACCAGGACGUGUCCCCAGGCACAGCUGCCACCACCGGGUUGGGGACACCAAACUGGGAACCCCUGGAGUGGGAACAACCAGGACGUGUCACCAGCGGGGACUGUCACUGUCACCAGCGGGGACUGUCACCAGCGGUCACCACCAGACCAGGAAUUGUCACCACGGGACCGGGAACUGCUGGCACCUGGGGUGACACCGAGCUGGCACCGGCACGGACACUGCAGGGGACACUGGGACACUACAGGGACACCACGGGGACACUGGGACACUACAGGGACACCAGGACACCUUGGGGACACCAGGAUGUGUCCCCAGAGCUGUCACCUCAGCCGGGACAGGACCUGGGUGGCACCUGGGGGCGGUGUCACGGUGUCACCCGGGGACGUUGCCACUCGCUGUCCGCCGGUGCCACCGCUGUCCCCCGGUGCCACCGCUGUCCCCGCUGUCCCCCGGUGCCACUCGCUGUCCCCCGGUGCCACCGCUGUCCCCGCUGUCCCCUCCCUGCACUGCCCCGCCCCCGCCGCGGGCACCUCACUUUGCACUGACCCCGAGCUGGGGGCACCGCCCGGACCCCCCGGCCCCGGGGUGUCCCCGGUGUCCCCAAGGUGUCCCCGGGGUGUCCCCGGUGUCCCCGGGGGUUUGCACUAUGGCGGGAGGGCGCGGGGGGGGCGUGGCUUCGGUUUGUAUUUAAUUGGGGGAGGGGCGGCCUCGGGGCCCCCCAAUAAACGAGUCUGACCCA